UGUCCUUCCAGUUAACAAGAAUGAAGUGAACAGCCAAGGGCUUUGCCAAAAUGCAGGAGAAAUGCAUCAUCUUUAUUCUUGCUGUUCUGUCAUGUGUGGCCUUCUAUCGAUCUGAUGGUUUGAUCAUUUCACCGCGAUUGUACUCACCAGGUCGUACGGACUUCGCUUUGGACCACAGAUUCUACAACUACCUAGAGAGAACUAUGGCGAAACUCACGGAACUGAGAAAAGCUCAACAGCUGCUGGUAAGCGAGCAAGGCGUCAACAGAUACAGCAUGAAGGGUGGUGCUGAUUACGCAGCGACGAUCUUUUCCAGCUUAAAGCCCAGAGGUGUCAUAUUUAAACAUCCUCUGCGAUAUACAGAUCGAAGAUGCAAUUGGAGGCGUUGCAGGAUAAAUUAUAGGCGAAGAACAUCAAGACGAAUGUGGCGAAAAUCAAGGAAAAUUAAUAGAAAGUCACAUGACCGGAAACUAAGAAGACGGAGAAAACAAAGAAAAUACGUUCGAAAUCGAUACAGGAAUACAAGAUCCAGAUCACGGGGUAGACGAAGGGGAUUGAAAAGAAGACAGAGUCGCAGAAGAGGACGGGUUCAGAGAAGAAGGCAGAAUUACAGAAGGCGGAAAUAUGGAAAAUUCAGGAAAAUGUAUAGAAAGUCACAUGACCGGAAACUAAGAAGACGGAGAGGGAGAAAACAAAGAAAAUACGUUCGAGAUCGAUACAGGGAUACAAGAUCCAGAUCGCGGGGUAGACGAAGGGAAUUGAAAAGAAGACAGAGUCGCAGAAGAGGACGGGUUCAGAGAAGAAGGCAGAAUUACAGAAGGCGGAAAUACAGAAAAUUCAGGAAAAUGUAUAGAAAGUCACAUGACCGGAAACUAAGAAGACGGAGAGGGAGAAAACAAAGAAAAUACGUUCGAGAUCGAUACAGGGAUACAAGAUCCAGAUCGCGGGGUAGACGAAGGGAAUUGAAAAGAAGACAGAGUCGCAGAAGAGAACGGGUUCAAGGAAGGUGGAAUUACGGAAGAAGGCGGGUUUACAGAAAAGGACGGAGUCAGAGGAGAGGACGGGUUCACAGAAGGCGGUGGGGGUACAAAACAGAAAAAAUUGUUUUAAUGGUUUUCAAGUAGUACAUGUAGUUAACAAAUAAAAACCAAAGGCAUAUCGAGA